ACACGACCGAUACGAAUCCAUCCGAUUGCGUCCAUUGUUUGUACACUUUACUUUUCGUGCAAUAUUACUACGCUACUAAAAGGAGAUUGGAUGAAUAAAGAGUGAUUAUCAAGGUGCCAAUGCUAAUCAACUGCCAAUGCUAAUUGGGCAAACAAGAUAAACGGGUGACUGAAGCGGAUGCAAAGUGAAAUCAGUGGCAUAGCGAGUGGUUGAAGUUCAAGAUACGGAUACAGAUAAACGGCGAGGAUGAGCAACUACCGAUAUCAGGGUGCUGGGCUCGGGGGCGGCGGCUUGGCCGGGGGGCGUGGCUACAGCGGCAUCGAGGUGCACGAGGUGAUGCAUCCGCACCACUUCACCUACGUGAGCCAGUGCGUCAAGUACAUGAUCUUCCUGCUGAACUUCGUGUUCUGGCUCUUUGGCGGCCUGCUCCUGGGCAUUGGCGCCUACGCGUUCAAGGACAAGUGGGAGGAGGCGAACGGAUCGGUGCGGCUGGAGAACUUCUACGACGUGUUCCUCAACAUCUCGCUGGUGAUGAUCCUGGCCGGCAUGGUCAUCUUUCUGGUCAGCUUCUCCGGCUGCCUGGGCGCACUGCGCGAGAACACCUUCCUGCUGAAGUUCUACUCCAUGUGCCUGCUGCUCUUCUUCCUGCUGGAGAUGGCCAUCGCCAUCGUCUGCUUCGUGUGCCCGCAGUAUAUGCACACCUUCCUGGAGAAGCAGUUCACGCACAAGAUCAUCCACUCGUACCGCGACGAUCCCGACCUGCAGAACUUCAUUGACUUUGCUCAGCAGGAGUUCAAGUGCUGUGGCCUCAGUAAUUCGGGCUACCAGGACUGGAGCAAAAACGAGUACUUCAACUGCAGCUCGCCGUCGGUGGAGAAGUGCGGAGUGCCCUACAGUUGCUGCAUCAAUGCCACCGACAUAUCCUCCGGCCUGGUGAACAUCAUGUGCGGCUACGGCGUCCAAAACGCUCCCGUUCCCGAGGCCAGGAAACUGAUCUGGACCAGCGGCUGCAUAGAGAUCGUCCGAGAUUGGGCCGAGCACAAUCUGUACGUGAUUGCCGGCAAUGCUCUGGGCAUUGCGCUCAUCCAGCUGCUGGUCAUCUACUUGGCCAAGACGCUGGAGGGCCAAAUCGAGCUGCAGAAGUCGCGUUGGCUGGCGUGAGAUCCGGGACAGCCCGAGUUCUACGGGCCCUACAACCGCACCUGAACUACAUACUCUCGGAAUCAGUACCCUGUUUUGUGCACCACUCACGUGCGGACGGAUUGCCAGUAGUGAAAAGUCGGAGAUCGUAAUGCAAGAAAAGCCCAGUAGUAAGCGAAUAUUAUAAAUAUGUAUGCAUAAGCUCGAAUAGUUAAACGAUAGUCUUAGUCUUAAGUGAGACCUAUAUUUCUCCCUAUUCAUUGACUAAGAGACCCGCCAGACUUACCGAUGAAUUUUCCACGGUGCAAUAUUAUUUUCGAAUAUUUUUUCCUAUUUUCCUUGCAUGUUUUGUGUAAGGUGUGUGCAUUUUUAAUUCCUUAAUACUCAUUCCCCAACUUUUGUGGCAAUCGACUGCCUGGCUGUAUAUACUCCUACAUGAAGUUGUAGACGCAUCUCAAACCACUUAAUUAUUGUAAUCUCAAGCCGACCAAACAACGCCAUAUGUACAUUAUAUUUAGUUAGUGACUUACUUGCUGAAA